AGUUGAUUUUGGUUCGGUUUGAUCUACUGGGUUUGAAUAGGUUUCCAAACCCAAACCAGACUAGAGCAGAAAACCCUAAAAAUUUCUUUGCUUGCCUCGUCGAAACAGUUACAUGAAAAACCCCGUUUGGCGGCCUCCUUCAGCUGUAAUUUGGAAUUUGGAUGUUCUAACAAAACUCUUCACAACUCCUUUUGCUUGCAUAUUCAUUCCUCUUCCUUGACGUCUGAAGCAAGUAAUUUACUUUUUCUCCUCAAAUCGUCUCUUUUUUUAGGGGUUUCAUUUCCUGGUUUAGUUUUCAACGAGACCUUAUAUGUAUUCGGUGAUUAUCUACUUUUGUGGUUGAUAAUGCUGGAGAUCUAGCCGCUGAAAACUAUAUUCGGAUUAACCACGCCUUGAAAGUUUUUCUAGGGUUUUAGGGUUCUAGGUUUAGGUUUUAGCAAAAAAAGAUGGAUAGGAUCAACGGUCUACCAGAUGAGAUUGUUUGCUGCAUUCUAUCUUGCCUUCCGAUUAAAGAGGCUGCUCUAACAUCUGUUCUCUCGAAGAGAUGGCGUAAUCUAUUUGCCUUGAGCCCGAAUCUUCAUUUAGAUUACCAUGGAGUGGGUACCGGACAAAGUUUCGUCGAUUUUGUGGAUAGAGUACUGGAUGUGUCAGGCAAUUUUCCCCGAAGGAAAAUCUCAAUAAAGUGUCCAAAGAGUAUCGACUCGGCUCAUGUCAUCCGUUGGAUGAAUAAUGUACUGAAACAUGAUGUCUUGGAUCUUGAUAUAGACAUAAUCUCUGGGAUUUUAAUGCCUCGCGAGGUGUUCGCUUGCAAGACAAUCGUUGAACUGAAACUUGCAAGUGGAUUUGAGGCUAACAUUCCUGAUGAUGCUUUUCUUCCAUCACUUAAGACUCUUUCUCUUGAUUCGAUUUGGUUGUAUAGUGGUCAUGAUGAUUGUGCUUUGGGAAAGCUACUCUCUGCUUGCCCUGUGCUUGAGGAAUUAACCAUUCUUGGUCCAAACUGGCAAAAUCGACAAUGCUGUUUCACCGUGUCCUCUUUGACCCUUAAGAGACUUACUAUUAAGUGUACUGGUCGUAUUGCAUCUUGGGACUUGACUUUUGAUACUCCGAAUCUAGCCUACUUAGAAUACUCUGAUUUAGUUCCACGAGAGUAUCCAAUUAUGAAUCUUGAAUCCCUUGUUGAAGCUAAGAUUGAUCUUGGUUCACCUUCUGGUUAUAGCAAUCCAUUGAAUCUAAUUAAGGGGUUAAGUAAUGUUGAGAUCUUGGAGUUAUCAUCUACUCGUAUUUUCAAGGUGUUCAGGUAUUCCGAUGAAGCAAUCCCAGUGUUCAUAAACCUGUUAAGUUUAUCUAUUACAACUGCUUCACGAUCCGGUUUGAAAUUUCUUCCAUCUCUUCUUGAAAAAUCUCCAAAACUAGAGACACUCGUCAUCAAGGGUCCAUUUCACUUUAAUGAAUUUGAAUUUGUUUGCGGGUGUUUGUUGGGAGACUCUUGUCUAUCGUCAUGUUCUGUCAAAGUCUUGAAGAUAGCAGAGUAUCGAGGAACAAUCGGAGAGUUAAAGCAAAUGAGACAUUUCCUAGAGAAACUGUCGUGUCUUGAACUUGUCAAAGUUGGUGCGUAUGCAAUAACCGAGAAAGAAAAGUCUCGAUUCACCAGAUACCUGCUAAGGGCUCCUAUAUCUUCCAAGUGCAAGAUACAGAUCAAGUGUUAUGAGGAAACUUAAGUAAUGCUUCAAAAACAAACAUUUGUUUGUUCUCUCCUAGUUGAAUCAUUGAACUCUCUUUGGAUAUGACUCGGUUUGGUUAUAAUAUCUCUGUUUUCUAGUGUUUGAGCAUGAAUCAGAAUAUUAAAAGCUAGGUUUUCUAGUAUGUCAAAAAAUGUACUGAUACCAAAUUUGGGUUUUAUCGCUCGGAACAAAUACAUAUCGCAUCUUCAACCUCUGUUAGUACAAAAUAUCGCCGACAGAAACUGUUGUGUUUAAAAAAAGAUUGUUUUGUUUCUGCGAUGGACAAACAACUUUGUAGCCAUACUUACCUGGUGACAGAUAGGAUGAGAAUAUGCGAUCAUUGCACAUGCACAUGAUGAUGAUCUUUAUGAUGAAAUCACUUAUGAUGUUAAUGAUAUUCUCAUGGCAGAUCCGACGCAUGUGGGCUGUGGCAGUGGAAGCCCAUGUCACGAGCAUCACUUUGUUUUCUUCUUCCUGAUUCAAUUAAAAACAAAAUCUGGACUAUACACUUAAAUCUAUUCUACAUCAAAGAAAAGCAUAUUUAAUGUUCUUAUAUACGCAUAAUGUAAUGUGUGUAGACCUUUCGUAGAAUUUGCUUUUGUUUUGUUUUGUUUAUGUGAGCUAAUACAGCAACAAUUAACAUCUGAAGAACGAAUACAUCCGAACACGUUCUCUUUUGGGAAUUAGUGAUUUGCGUCUUUGAAGUGUCUAACAAAACCUGGUCCUCAACUUUUCCGUUAUUAAAAAACAAAUUAUUUUCUGAAAUAAUGUCAUUA